GUGGUUGUAGGCUGACAGUGGGGGUGAUGAAACUCGAAGCGUCUCUUUUUUUUUUUUUUUUGGGUCAGACAAUUUAGAGAGAGGUUAAACAAAAAUAGUUUCAAUCCUCCAGCAUAGUUCAACCAUGGGACCCAAGUUAGAGAUGGUUUUCUGCUUCUUCUUCUUCUUCUUCUUUUCUAUUUCCCUAGAUAUUGACUGGAUUCUAUAUGAGAUGGCUGAGGUUUCUUGAUUUUUUGUUGAUUUGUGUGUUUGUGGUGAGAUGUUGGGUAUUCAUGGCGAAAUGAUACUUUUGAGCAGCAAUUGGUGGUGGGUUUUAUUUCCGUGGUUGUUGGCUGGUGCUUGGUGGUAGUUUGGCUCCAGAGAUUAGCCGAUCCCAUUAUGAAGCAAGAGAAAAAAAGAAUUCAUGCAGAAAAAGAAAAUGGAAAGUAUCUCAUAGAUACUUUGCAACCUAAUUACCAAACAAGUGAAAAGGUGUAGGCAAAACCUAUUACCAUUGAGGAAUUUUGAUAGUCAUUCCCAUUGCCACUGUGGAAUUCCAACCAAACGGAUGGUUAGUUUUUCUUUUCAUUUAAUUUUCUUCUUUCAGAUUUUACCAUUAACCGCGAAGUUAUUUUGAACAUUCAUUUUGAUGGAAAAGGACAUGAAUUCUGUGCAGUCGCUAUUGAUUGGGAAUCAGUAGUCGUAUUACACUUCACUCCCAAUGUACACCACAAGAAAAUAAAAAGAACAAAAUUUUCAUGACAUCAAUCAUGCAUUGGCCCCAGGUCCAUCAAUUAUUUGCCAACUACCUUUUUGUCCUCAAUUACAUCCCAAUCAUCCUCUGUUAGGACUUGGGAUGGUUAUCUUUGGGUUUCUUUUUUUCUUUUGAUUGUACGGGAACAACUUUAUUUGGAAGAGUGUAUCGAAAAUGAAAAUUGGUUGAAGAAUAUGUUGUACAAACAAGGCAAAACAAUUAAAGCUAGAAAAAGGUUGAUUCAGAUUAUCCUUCCCAACCUUGAGUAUUACUUUUGUCAUAAAAAGAAAGAAAAAUCGUGCUCGAUCAAUCAGCCCACAACCAGCCAUGUCAAAAUUGGAAGAAAACACUUCAAGAUGGUCUCUGUCAGGAACGGCGGCUCUAGUCACCGGUGGAACUCGCGGAAUUGGCCGUGCAAUAGUGGAGGAGCUAGCUCAACUAGGCGCCAUAGUCCACACUUUUGCAAGAAAAGAAGAGGAGCUGAAUGAACGCUUGCGAGAGUGGUCCUCCAAGGGAUUCAAAGUCACCGGUUCAGUCUGUGAUGCAUCUUCAAGAGAGCAAAGAACUCAGCUCAUCGAAAAGGUGACUUCCAUCUUCAGUGGAAAACUCAACAUCCUUGUAAAUAACGUUGGAACUAAUAAAAGGAAGCCACCUGAAGAGUUUACUGCCGAAGAGUAUGAUAUGGUGAUGUCUACAAAUCUUGAAUCUUGUUUCCAUUUUUCCCAACUGGCUUAUCCUCUCUUAAAAGCCUCUGGGGUUGGAAGCAUCGUCUUCAUCUCUUCUAUCGCAGGUUUCGUGAGUAUACAAAAUGCAUCUGUCUAUGCAGCAACAAAAGGUGGAAUGAAUCAACUCACCAAGAACUUGGCUUGCGAAUGGGCUAAAGAUAACAUCCGGGUAAAUUGCGUCGCGCCUGGGGUUAUCAGCACCCCAUUAGCCAAACCUGUGCUCAGUUCUGAUGAAAAGCUGAAGAAAAUAGAAUCAAGGACUCCCAUGAAGCGAGUUGGGGAACCAGAAGAAGUUUCGCCCCUGGUUGCUUUCCUUUGUCUCCCUGCUGCUUCCUACAUAACCGGACAGGUUAUAACUGUCGAUGGAGGACUGACUGUCAAUGGAAUCUACUGGGACUAAUCAUUAAAAAACAUUUGAUCUUGUCAUCGUUGCAAUGUUUCUGCAAGAUAUUGGUUUGUAUUGUUUCUUGAUGCUGGCAAUGUUUUUUUUUUUGGGUUGAUUGUAAAAUAAAUUUUUUUUUUUUUUUUACUGGCAAUGCUUUUUUAAUUAAUUCCACCUUGUAAAUCAGUUUUAUUACGCUACUUGUAACGUACAUUUUUCUGCGUGAAAAUUAUCCAAAAAAAAUGCUUUUUUUUUU